CACAACUCAAGUUUAGUUGCAAUCUUGCUUUUAACAACGAAACACGUAUAAUUCGACUUACUUUUUAAACUUAAUUUGUAUAUUCAAAGAACGAUGGCUGGCCGCGUUUUAAUCUAUGGUGGAAAAGGUGCUCUCGGUAGCGUUUGUGUUAACUUCUUUAAAUCAAAAAAUUUCUGGGUUGGUUGCAUUGAUCUUGUUGAGAAUGAAUUUGCCGAUGCAAAUAUUCUCGUAAAUCGUGAUGCUGACUUCGUUGCGCAAGAAACUCAAGUUCUCAAUGCUGUGAAAGAAGCACUUAAUGACGAUAAGUUGGAUGCUGUGAUUUGUGUUGCUGGUGGAUGGGCUGGUGGAAAUGCAUCGAAAGACCUCGCUAAAAACACUGACAUGAUGAUAAAGCAAAGUGUCUGGUCGUCUACAAUUUCUGCUUCAGUCGCAUCACAUUUCUUAAAGGAAGGUGGCGUAUUAACUUUAACAGGUGCAAAACCAGCACUUACUGCAACACCUGGCAUGAUUGGCUAUGGAUUAGCAAAAGCUGCCGUCCAUCAACUUACAAAAUCCCUUGCUGCUUCCGGUUCCGGUUUACCAGAAAAUUCCCUUGUUGUGUCAAUCUUACCAGUGACUUUGGAUACUCCAAUGAAUCGUAAAUGGAUGCCUAAAGCAGAUUUUACAACAUGGACAUCACUUGAAUUUGUUGCCGAUUUGUUCCAUUCCUGGAUUCAAACACCAUCGAAACGACCAACUAACGGAAGUCUCCUUCAACUUGUCACGAAAGAUUCAAAAACCGAUUUGAUAGCUUCUGAAUAAGGAUGAAAUUUUAUAACAUAGAAUCAAAUUCAUUCAUUCAUUCGGGGACCAGACACAUAAAUAGUGAAAUGAUAAGAUUCAUGAUUAUUAUUGGCUGUUGUUGUUGUUUUUGUCGUUGCGCAAGUUAUAAAAAAUACUCAGAAAUAAAUGUUUAACGAGCAUUCAUGAACAUUUUAUUCGGUU